UCGGAUUCUUGAACUCAUCAACACAUUCAGACAAUUCCAACUCUGGACAACGAUCUUCUAGAACAAGACUGUUCAAUGGGACCAUACGAGGCUGCACGACAAAUAUAGAACAGUUCCUGCCGCUUUAUUCUCCAGGAAAAGGGACGUGGUCGUUCCCAAAAUAAAUCUGGGUGCUUUCCUUGGAUUUGGAGUCCGAGACCUCCGCCUUAUCGGCAUCUCCAUCCAAGGUCCGAGUGGACCGACCCUCCUUUUUAACAACCACCACCCUUCGAGCUUGAUGCCAAGUAUAUCUUCAUUUCAUUAAUUCAAUAUGGCUUCCGGUACCGAGUCGGAGCCCUUAUUGCCAAGAGACAGCCGAUCAUCGGGUAGCAACCACCCUCGGGCUUCAGACGUAGAAAAGGACCCUCAGAGCAAGCGGCCACGACAACCGAAGCACUCAAAGACUGUAAACAAGAUCAUAUCAGCCAUCUUGGGAACGUCAAUUCUUCUCAGUAUAACUUUUACCUUAACUCCUCGAGUAAUCCAUGGUAAGAUCUCGCAACAUCUGCACCUGGAUCCUCUUCCCCAGACCGUGGAGCAGCGAGUCAACAAUAUCCUAUCUGAUACCCCUCUGAUUGGUAAUGACCACCCACCUUAAUAAUUCAUUCACACCAAACUCUAACACCCAUCAGAUGGCCACAAUGAUCUCGCAAUCUUAAUUCGUAGUCUCUACGAUAACCACAUAUACGAUGAAAAGUUUACCACUCCUUUUGAGCAAGGUGGGAUGGCCAUGCACGUUGACCUACCUCGUUUGAAGGAUGGCAAAAACGGCGGAGCAUUUUGGAGUGCAUACGUACCUUGUCCUCACAAUGGCUCUGACUUUUCAGAUGCGAAUUAUGCCGCAUGUAUGUAUAGCCUUCGAUUCUGGUGUCUUUCCUAUUGCCCAAUUGAUGUUAGCCCAACGCGACCACACCCCUCCAAAUUGUGAUAUCCGAAGAAAGCUCCUUGGUCGAAUUCGUAACCAAGUUACUGUAGUAUAAAGCAAAACACCAAAGCUAAACUCAUGCAGCCGUUGCAUUUACUCUCACCCAGAUUGACGUGCUAUCACGUCUCCGCGCCGCAUAUCCAGAUCACAUCUCCCCACCACCAAACAGCACCACCGCGCUCCCCGCCUUCAAAGCAGGCCAGCUCAUCUCCCCCCUCGCAAUCGAGGGCCUCCACCAAAUCGGAAAUUCGGUAUCCAACCUCCGCCUAUUCCACUCUCUGGGCGUCCGAUACGCGACACUAACACACAACUGCCACAACAUCUACGCCGACGCCGCCCUCCUGGAAGGCGAACACGGCAUCGAAGUCGCAAAACCCAAAUGGGGUGGUGUCUCACCCGCUGGAAGAGAUCUCAUUCAUGAGAUGAACCGCAUUGGUAUGAUCGUUGACCUCGCGCACGUCAGCCAGGAUACGAUGCGUGAUGUCCUUGGUGGCUCACCCGACUGGGAAGGCAGCAUUGCCCCUCCUAUCUACAGCCACUCUUCCGCUUACUCUAUCUGUCCCCAUCCGAGAAAUGUCCCCGAUGAUAUUCUCCAGCUGGUGAAGAAGAAGAACAGCAUCGUGAUGGUCAAUUUCAGUCCUGACUUCGUGUCGUGCACCGCGAACCCCUCGAAUCCAUCCGGACUCCCUGAUUUCUACCCACAAAAUUCAACGCUCGAACAUGUCGUUAGACAUGUCAAGCAUAUCGGGGAGCUGAUCGGGUAUGAACAUGUUGGCUUCGGCAGUGAUUUCGAUGGGAUACCGAACACACCAAAGGGACUUGACGAUGUGAGUAAAUUCCCGUACCUGGUGGCAGAGCUCCUCCAUCAAGGUCUUACCGAUGAUCAAGCGAGGGGUGUCGUCGGAGGGAAUGUUUUAAGAGUCUGGAAGGAGGUUGAUGAUGUUGCGCUGAAGAUGCAGGCUAGUGGCCAGAAACCACUUGAAGAUCGGCUUCCGAAGUUGAAAUGGGUUUAGUCGCUGUUGGAAUGGGAAUGUAUUGUAGAUUCGAUUCCGUGAGAGUAUUUUGUAUGCACAUGCAAGACUAUACAUAUCAGAUAACAGAUUCCGACUAAUUCACUUUUUAUCUUAACGA